AUGGAAUGCCCAGUGUUACCCUUCGAUGCGAACGAAGUCAUGGAGAGUCUUCCUCAAGAGAGAGCAUGCUUGAGGCCAAUCAACGUGUUUCAACCAGGCUAUGAUGCUAUUAUUGUGAAUGUGCGUGCGAAGUUGGUCGAGCUUGUGCAGGUGACAGUUUUAUCGUCGCACUCAUUUAAGCUCUCUCCCUUCGCAAAAGCUCUCAAGAAGCUCAACAUCCCAACCAAGGGUUGGAAAGUGAAAGUAGUUUUCAUCGUUCCGCCAGAAAGGCUCAAGGAUUUUCAGAUCGACGCUAUCAAGAAUUGCGGGGCGAUGGAGGAGUACGGAUGGAAGAAGGGGUCCGAGGGUAAGCAGGCAGAUGUAGCGAGCAUUGAAAUGCUGUGA